ACUGCAGCAGAAACUACAACUGUACCAUCUACAGCUUCAGUUGCUACAAUGGAAAUAACAAAUGCAUCCACCACAGCCUCAAUUACUACAAUGGAAACUACAGUUGCUAACACAUCAGCUACUGCAGCAGAAACUACAACUGUACCAUCUACAGCUUCAGUUGCUACAAUGGAAAUAACAAAUGCAUCCACUACAGCGUCAAUUACUACAAUGGAAACUACAGUUGCUAACACAUCAGCUACUGCAGCAGAAACUACAGUUUCCCCCUCUACAGCAUCAGUUACUACAAUGGAAACUACAGUUGCUAACACAUCAGCUACAGCAGCAGAAACUACAACUGUACCAUCUACAGCUUCAGUUGCUACAAUGGAAAUAACAAAUGCAUCCACUACAGCGUCAAUUACUACAAUGGAAACAACAGUUGCUAACACAUCAGCUACUGCAGCAGAAACUACAGUUUCCCCCUCUAGAGCAUCAGUUACUACAAUGGAAAGUACAAUUGCACAUACUACACCCUUUGAUACAGUAAAAUAUACAAAUGUGUCUACUACAAUACCCGUUACUACAACAACAACACAAUCCAAUACCACAAUGGUUACUACAACAAGAACAGCACCCACCACCACACAGGCCCCCAAUUCUACUUCUUCAAGCUAUACCAGUAUGAAGCCGAGUGUUACCAGCAGAAACAGCACUACAAUUAACUCCACAGUCACAGGAGGAAUUUCUGUAUUGAACUUUAAAAUACAGAGCUCUGAGACCAACUACGCGCGAUUAAUGGACGCUCUCAUACAAAAGACGUGUUCCUUAUUUCGCCUGAAGCCUCACUUUGGGAAUGUUACGUUAACCUGGGGAGCAACCAGAACAUCGGUGAAUUGCGCCUUGGUGACGGGGGUUGCCUUUUAACCAAGAACUAAUAUAUUAACUGUAUAUUAUUUGAGAUCAGUGUAUUUGUUUGGAUUGGACAGCAUUUAUUGGAUCAUCGCAAUAGAUUAUCACAGACCCAUAAUAAGGGUCUGCCCUGGAUCAGCCAUUUUGGGUCCUCUGCUACAGAACUCAAAUUACCUCCAGACCUGGGAACGUCCCAGGGUAGGCUACUCAAGAGUUCUCCCUCCUCUAGGGGAGUGGCUUUGAUAUGGACAGGGUGUGACUAACUUGUGGGGGUGGGACUAUCCGUGUACAUGGGUGGAGCUAUCAAUGUGUGGAGGUGGGGCUUGCCCCAGAUAAUGAACUUUUAGUGGGAGGGAAGUAGGCGGAGUGUAGGAGGGAAGGGAGGGGCAGUAGGUGUGAAUAAACACCGUACCCUUUCCCAGAGAAAGAAGAAACUGACUCGGAGACCUGGGGAAGUCGGGCUUCACCAGGAGACUCCGGGCCAAACCCAAAGAGCUUCCACAUAUGAUUAAAAAGAUUUUGUGACUAUAUAA